AUGGCUCAUUUUGAUGAUGAUUACUUGGACAGUUUUUUCAAUGAAACCAGUGACACGGGAUACACAGGACAAGUCAUAACCGGAGAGGUUUCUUUGUGCAAGAAAGGCGAUGUGAUCCAGUUCGGAGCAGCAUUUCUCCCAGCCUUCUACUACACUAACUUCUUGCUGAGCUUGGUUGGAAAUGGACUGGUGCUGUGCAUCAUCUACAAAUAUGAGAAGCUCAGCACGGUUACCAACAUAUUCUUGCUCAACCUCGUCAUUUCAGACCUCAUCUUCGCCUCCAGCCUCCCUUUCUGGGCAGUCUACCACAAAUCUGAAUGGAUCUUUGGCAGAGGCCUUUGCAAGUUGGUGGGAAGCUGUUAUUCCAUCGGCUUCAACAGCUCCAUCCUCUUCCUCACCCUCAUGACCUUUGACCGCUACCUUGCGGUGGUCCACGCCAUCUCUGCAGCCCAGAGCAGGAGGACAACUUAUGCGGUCGCGUCAUCCGCCACUGUCUGGGUGCUCAGUAUUUUGGCUAGUAUAAAGGAUAUAGUUUUUCACGAUGUGAGGCAAGGAGGAGACGGUCUGCUGUGCGAAAUGACCGGUUACCACCAGAGUUUCCUCACAAAAUGGGAGCUGAUUGGUUAUUAUCAGCAGUUUUUUCUUUUCUUCUUGGUGCCUCUGGGUAUCGUCCUGUACUGCUACAUCCGCAUAACCAUCAGGAUCAUGUCCACUCGCAUGACGGAGAAGUGCAGGGCGGUCAAACUCAUCUUUGUCAUCGUCUUCACCUUCUUCAUCUGCUGGACGCCUUACAACAUGGUCAUCCUGUUGAAAGCCAUCAAGACGUCCCUUGGAGAGCAGAAUGAUUGCUCAAACGCCCUCGACUAUGCACUGUACAUCACACGAAACUUUGCCUACCUGUACUGCUGCAUCUGCCCUGUCUUCUACACUUUUUUGGGGAAGAAGUUUCAAAACCAUUUUCUGAAGCUUUUGUCCAAGCGUGUUCCGUUUCUGAAGAUCAAUGCUGCCAUGCUGUCAACAACCAGUAAAACCACAUCAAUCAGGAGCCCAAACACUGACUACUGA